GCAGAAGCGUCACAAGCUAUGGUCACAAGUCCACAAGAGCACAAGUCCGCACAAGUACGCAUAUUGAGAAACGACUUCUUUGUUGUGUUUUUAAAGUGUGAACAUGUCUAAAGUCCAAAUGCUGAGAUCGUUGGUGAAGCAGCGACUAACUGCGGCUGCUGAAGAGAUAUUUGGGCUGGUUGAAAGAACGAUAGCAGAGUACGAGGAGGAACUUUGUCGAUCAAAAGAGGAGAACGAGCGACAACGGAAACUACUGGACGCUGCUUCCAACCCUCAGCUUCGGUUACACAGAGCAGACGUCCAGCAGCUGUUGGUGGUUAAAGAAGAGGUUCCCCCUGAGCAGCAGGAGUGGAGCUCCAGUGUGGACCAGGAGGACCCAGAGCCUCCACACAUUAAAGAGGAACAGGAGGAACUCUGGAUCAGUCAGGAGGGAGAGCAGCUUCAAGGGCUGGAGGAGGAUGAUAUCACCAAGUUCACAUCCACUCCUGUCCCUGUGAAGAGUGAAGAUGAUGAAGAGAAACCUCAGUCCUCACAGCUUCAUCAAAGACACACUGAACAGAUGGAGACAGAAGCAGAGGGAGAGGACUGUGGAGGAGCAGAACCAGCCAGGAACUCAGAUCCAGAUACACAUUUACAACCUGAGAAUGAUGACAGUGAUGAUUGGAUGGAGACCAGAGAGCCUCAGUCAGACAUCCAGCAGCUGUUGGUGGAACUCUGGAUCAGUCAGGAGGGAGAGCAGCUUCAAGGGCUGGAGGAGGAUGAUAUCACCAAGUUCACAUCCACUCCUGACCCUGUGAAGAGUGAAGAUGAUGAAGAGAAACCUCAGUCCUCACAGCUUUAUCAAAGACACACUGAACAGAUGGAAACAGAAGCAGAGGGAGAGGACUGUGGAGGAGCAGAACCAGCCAGGAACUCAGAUCUAGAUACACAUUUACAACCUGAGGCUGAUGACAGUGAUGAUUGGACAGAGACCAGAGAACCUCAGUCAGGUUUAAACUGUCUGAAAAAUGAUGAAGUCCCUGUGAGUGAUUUGAUUGAUUGUGAGAAACCAUUUAGCUGUUCUAAGUGUGGGAAAAAAUUUGGUUACAAUGAAGAUCUGAAGAGACACAUGAGAUCUCAUCCAGGAGAGAAACGAUUUUGCUGUUCUGAGUGUGGGAAAAAAUAUGGUCGAAGUCAACAUCUGAAGGUACACAUGAGAACUCAUACAGGAGAGAAACCAUUUAGCUGUUCUGAGUGUGGGAAAAAAUAUGGUCGAAAUGAACAUCUGAAGGUACACAUGAGAACUCAUACAGGAGAGAAACCAUUUAGCUGUUCUGUGUGUGGGAAAACAUGUGGUCAAAGUGAAAAUCUGAAGGUACACAUGAGAACUCAUACAGGAGAGAAACCAUUUAGCUGCUCCGAGUGUGGGAAAAGAUUAGGUUCCAGUGGAGCUCUGAAGACACACAUGAGAACUCAUACAGGAGAGAAACCAUUUAGCUGCUCUGAGUGUGGGAAAAGAUUUGGUUCCAAUGGAGCUCUGAAGGAACACAUGAGAUCUCAUACAGGAGAGAAACCAUUUAGCUGCUCUAAGUGUGGGAAAAGAUUUGGUUACAGUGGAGUUUUGAAGAAACACAUGAGAACUCAUACAGGACAGAAACCAUUUAGCUGCUCUGAGUGUGGGGAAUCAUUUACACAAAAUGGAUAUUUACAUACACACAUGAAAAUUCAUGAGGGAAAAACGUGAUGCAGCUGUUCAGUCCGAGGAAAAAAAAAAUCUAUUUGGAAUAAUAUUUUAAAAAGAUAAAUGACUGACACAGAGCCAGACAUUUGUAUUUUAUAUGUUUUUAAAUCUAUGUGUUUACUUACUUACUUACUGACUUACUUACUUACUUACUGACUUACCAAGAUCAGUCUUGUACAGCCAGGGGGAGUAUUUACCCUCUGACAGCCAAGCUGGGUCAAAACCUGUUAU